AACACACAAACAAUUCAAUUAUUCUAGUCAUUAUCAUUUUAUCUAGUCAAACAAAAUGAUCUCAAUCAAUCGAUUAAUGCAAAUUAUUGAACAUUACAACAGUAUUAUUAUACAAAUCUAUUUAUCAUUUAUUCCAUUAUUUAUUGUUAUUACAUAUGCAUUUUCUCAUUUAUCUCAACAACAAUCGGAUUCUGUUUGCAGUAAAACAACUGAUUAUAAAUAUGAUUUUACCGAAUGUGAUGAAUUUGGUGGUAAAUGGCGUGUAUUGGUGCCGAAUACACCGGAUCAUUGUGCAAAUCGAUCUAUAACAUAUGUUCCAACACGGAUACAUAAUUGUUAUACAUCAUGUGAAGGUGGUCAAUUUUUUAAUAAAUCAUCAUUAUUUUGUGAAGAUUGUCAACCUGGCCAUUAUUCCUUGAGUGGUGGAAUCGUAUUUGAUAAUUUCAAAAGUUUACCAAAUUCUCUUCCCGAUGGUUUUCAUGUGAAAACCGAAUAUAGAGGACAUGAUAACAUUGCAGAUGGCCUUUGUUCAGGAUGGUAUGUGGACAAUACAACAGGAACAUUAAUUCUUCGUAUCGAUAUGAAACAGGCGAAUGCAAACAGUGGAUGUAUAUCGAUUGUUACGUACACAGCCAAAGUAGUAAAACGUGGCCGGCUUCGUUUUACUUAUCAUUAUAAAACGCCGAACAAUAUGCCAUUAUCAUUAUUGUUCACCUUUAAUUAUCGCCUUUAUGAUGGUAUCGGUGUCAUUGAAAAUGAUAUCGAUACAAACAUAAAAUUUCCUAUGACUACUAUGGAAAGAAAAUUCGAAACGAUUGAAUUGCCACUUCAAACACCGGGUUUAUAUAUAUUUACCUGGAAAAGUGUUGUCAUCAAAAAUUUUCGUAAUUAUUUUUCCGUAUCGAAUAUGAUGAAUUUUGACAGCUAUGGCCAUAGUCCGAUAAAUUUUGAUGGCUUCCAAAAUCAAGGUAAUUCGUAUCAGGAAAAUUUGUUGCAAAAUAUGCUUUCCACUAUUGGAAUCAUCCGAAUUGAAAAGAUCAUUAUUGAAGGUGUUGCUUAUGCUUCCGAAUGUACUCCAUGUGAAGCUGGAACAUAUGCACCUGAAGCUGGAAUGAAAGAAUGUUUACUUUGUCCACAAAACACUGCUUUCAAUGGUUCAGGUUCUAUUCGUUGUUCCAAAUGCGAUCUUAUCAAAGAAUACGCUGUUGUCGGUUCAACAUAUUGUUCAAAAAGACCAGUUUGUGGUAGCAAUGAUUUUUUCGCUGUACCAAAAAAUGCUUGCGAUCCUCACAGUUUGAAACAAGAAAUCGAAUAUCGAUGGAUUGAACCACGUAUUUGUGUGGAUUCUAACAGUGUGUUUCCACGUGGAAAUAGCAUAAUCAAUUGUACAUUAUCUAAUCAUACAAUCGAUUGUGAUCUUGGUAUGGAAAUUAAAUCCGAAUCAAAUGGAAAAUUUUGUCAAUUCUGUCCCGAAGGUUAUUAUAGAGAUGAAAAAAUUGUCAAAUGUCAACCAUGUUCACCAAUGACAAAUCCAUAUUAUGCUCUAUCUGUUCGUCACUGGAAUAAUUCAUUGCCAGGAUGGUCUCAUCAUCCUGUCCACAACAUGUUCAAUGUUCAUGAAGAUUUUUUUGCUGAAAAUUCUGUCUAUUUGAAUUCUUAUUUUAGUCGACAAUGUUUUCGAAGCGAUGAUGAUCUUGUUUAUAAUGCGAAAAGCAGUAAUGAUGCUACUAUUUUCGACGCAAAAGGUGAAUGUAUUUCAACGAUUGCAUGGCAAACAUUUGAUGAUUAUAUUCGAACUGGAGCAUCAGCGCCAUUGAAUGCCUAUUUAAUUCUAUCAUUGGCCAUACCUUAUUUUCGUUCAGCCGAACAAAACGAAUUGACUUUUGAUUUUGAACUUAACUGCAACCAAAACAACAACAAUGAUGAUGAUGACGAUGAUGAUCAAUGUUUAUUUUUAUUUGUUGAAACUCUAUCUGAUGAAAGCGAUCUACAAUCAAAUGAAAAAGAUUUUAUUCAACAACAAUCCACCACCAGUGAUAUCAACAUCAAUAGUGGUAGUAAUAAUAAUAAGAAAAAAUACUUUUCAUUUUCACAGCAGACCAUCAAUCAAGUGAUCAAAGAAUGGACACAAUCUACAGAUGCUCGAACUGUUUUUCGUCACAAAAUUCGACGAAAUAUUUCAUUGACUUUUAGCUGGAUUUUUAAACGUACAACAAGCUUUCAAUCAUAUGCUAAGAUUCAUUCACUAUUAUUAACUGGUUCUGCUAUUGGUUCAGCUAUCCGUUGUCAAAGUUGUCCAACGAUAAUUGAUUCAUCUUUAUCAUCAUCAUCAUUAACUGAAUGUAUUUCCUGUCCAAAUGGACAAUAUCUACAUCGUAUGGUAAUGAAUACAACUGGUAGAAAUGAUUCAGGUCAAGAAUUAUUGAUGAAUAAUAAUAAUUAUCGUUGUGAAAAUUGUCCUGAAAAUUAUAUUCUAAACAACAACAACAACAAUAAUAGAGAUGGAUUACCCGUUGGAAUUGAAUCUUGUGUGGCUUGUGGUGAAAAUCUUCAUUCAGACAAUGAUGCAAAUAUUUGUUAUAGUAAUUGUUUAGUCACUUUUGAUCAUCAAGAUCAUUAUGAUCUAAAUGAACUUGAACAGCCUAUUAUUUAUAAAGGCAUCAAUCUAUUCACAUCUGGUGGUACUCAAUAUAUGAAUAUGUUUCAAAUUAGUCUUUGUGGCCAUAGAAAACGUGAUCAUUUAUCAACAUGUUUGAAUAAUAUUACAGUAUUUGCCGAUGAUUCAUCUGGUGUUCGUUCAUUUAUAUGUCGUUCAACAAUCAUACCGGAUGGAUCGAAAAUAUUUACAGCACAAUCAGCUAGUCUAGGCGAUGAACUAUUGUUGAUUACACGACAAACAUCUUAUGCAAACAUUUCAAUACAUGAUGAAUUCCUCAAUAGUCCGGAUGCAAAUAAAUAUGAUAAAGAUUUUCAUUUAUUUUUCAAAACUAAUUCACCAACAACGGUAUGUCUCACGGGAAGAAAAUUGACAAUCACAAUGAGAUGUAUGCCAGGAAAAGAAAUGGCCAUAAUAAAGACACCGAAUUCUUGUCCCGAUGGAACAUGUAAUGGAUGUGAUUUUCAUCUGUUAAUCGAAACCGGUACAGCUGCUGCUUGUCGUCUUUGUCGUCCAUAUUCAAAUGAUUAUGAAACAGUCAUUGGUGAAUGUAUUGAUGGUUCACAACAGAUUCAUUAUGUUAAUCCUAAAGGUUGUGUAAUGAAAAAAUCCCAAACAAACGAUACGACUGCAACAAAAUAUGUAAUAAGACGACCUUGUUCAUUAUUGUUACCGAAACAAGUUCAAAUCGGCAUAGCAAUAGCUAUGGUAUCUGGUCUAUUACUUUUAUUGCUUGUAUUCUAUUUCUGGAAUAAGAAUCGUUCAUUAGAAUAUAAAUAUACAAAAUUGAUUGAAAAUACAUGCGAUGGAAAAGGAAAUGGUGAUGAUGAUGAUAAUGAUGAUGAUGGAAUGACUAUCGAUAAUUGUUGUGUUGAAGAUGAUUAUGAUUGCCAUCAGGAUAAGAAUAAUUCUCAUAAUAAUAAUAAAAUUAUUCACAUAUCAUUUGAUAAUAAAAAUCAUAAUAAUCAUCAUGCUCCCAAUAAUCGAUUGGAUAAACGAUCAAUAAUCAAACACGGUGAUGAUGAUGAUUUACAGCAACAAGUUGAAUUGCAACAAUUGUUUCCGAAUGAAUCCAAUAAAAACAAUCGUCAAACAUUUGAUGAUGAAGGCUAUGAAACGAUUCAUCUAAUUUCGGCAAAUACUAGUCAAACGCCAACAACAACAACAACAACAACUAAUAAUCUAACAAUCUAAAAUAAUCAAUUAUCUUUUCAUUUUAUUGAU